AUUUGUUUCUUUCUCGGUUCCCUUUGAGAUCCAACUCCAUUUUCCAAAGCGUAGUUUUCAACUUUCCAGUUUCAACCGAACAUCCCAAGCGCCAAAGGUCUUUGUUAUUCUGCAGACAAAUUUACAUGCACUCGUUAUCCCAAACUUAAACCCAAGCUACUUCCUGAUCGUCAACCGCUUUCUCCGAUCCACGUGGCGCGUUGAUUUUCCGGUGAACGGUCUUUGAUGAAGCGGCGAUAGCAAGUAUAAUGCAAUGGCGGAAGGUACAAUCACGAACGACAGCUCCAAGGGAGACGGAGCCACCGCAAUUCAAAAUAACAACGAUUGUAUCAAUAGCACCGAUAAUGGCACCAAUAAAAUCACUAUAAAGAAAGCGAAUGUGAAGGAUCCGGAAAUUUUUAGUUGCUUGCUUCAACCGGCGACUUCCGAUUCCGAUCGCGAUUACAUCGGCAUUCGCCGAUUUCUUCUUGCUCGCAAAGCCGAGUCCGGUUUUCAUCGCCGACUUGAUUGGAGAUGUAAUGAAAAAGGUUAUGUGGCGUACCGAAAUUACAUUCGUAGGCCAAGAAACUGGGAAAAUUUGCAAAUACCAAGCCACUCGAGUACUCCUGGAAACAGUGGGCGAUGGAUUUCUACUCCAAGUCCACUCUCGCAUUUGUUUAAGGUGGAAAGCUGGAAUUCUAGCAGCAGGGAUCUACGAAGUGGCACUCUGGCUUCAAAUCACAGAACAAGUUUCAGUUCUAGCAUAAGUGAUAGUGAUCGCCCACGUCGACAAGGAGUUGAGCCUGCAUAUUCUUUUGUUGGAAUGCAUUGCAUCUUUGACCAGUGCAAAGCAGCUGUUACAGUUUUGAAGUUUGGGCACAUGAGUUCUGAUCUACUUGCAUAUGGGGCAUCAGAUGGGACUUUGACAGUUUGCACUGUCUCUGAGACACCUUCAGUUAUGAAGCAACUAAAAGGGCAUUCAAAAGAUGUCACAGAUUUUGACUUCUCAUCAAACAAUCAAUAUAUUGCAUCAUCAUCAAUGGAUAAAACUGUGCGAGUAUGGGAGUUAUCAAAAGGCCUUUGCAUUCGUGUAAUAUAUGGAGUCUCUUCACAAAUGUGUAUUCGCUUUCAUCCUGUAAAUAACAACUUUCUUUCAGUUGGUAAUGCAAAUAAAGAGAUCACUGUGUUCAAUUUCAGUACUGGAAGGAUUAUUAAGAAAUCAGUCUUUGACAGUGAGGUUACCUCAAUGGACCAUGAUCAUGCUGGUCAGCUCAUUUUCUGUGGAGAUGCACAGGGAUGCAUAUACACUGUGAGUAUGGACUCCCACACAGGUGCAUUAUCCCGUUCUCAUCGUUAUAGAAGUAGCAGCAAGCAGAAAUGUCCAGUCACAACGGUGCAGUACCGAAGUUUUUCCUUACUGGCCGGGGGCCCUGUGUUGCUGACAUGUACUCAAGAUGGAAGUCUUUCUUUCUUUAGUGUUGCUUUGGAAAUACAAGGUUAUCUAACCCUGCGCUGCUCACUCAAAUUAAGCCCACGAAUACACAGCAUUCGAGCAUCCUUCUGCCCUCUGCUUUCCCUUGAUAAGGGAGAAUAUAUAGUUGCUGGGAGUGAGGAUUCAAAUGUUUACUUCUAUGAUUUAACUCGGCCAAGGCAUACCUGUGUAAAUAAGCUACAGGGUCAUCGUUUUCCAGUUAUAGGAGUAGCUUGGAAUCACGGGGAGAACUUGUUGGCUUCGUCGGACCUUUAUGGAGUAGUUAUAGUAUGGAAGAGAGCAAAAACAAGUUAAACGUCAAUACAUACAGCGAUAAAAGAUAAAAGUUUUAAAGGAAAUCAGCUUUGUUUGCUCAGUUGCAUCAUUCUUUUGUUGAAGUGGCGCAUCCUUGGAAGCAUCUUGAAUGAUUGUAUUCCAUCCUUCAUUGUCUACGGUUGAUGAGGAAACCAAGUGAUCAUUUGUUUGACUCAAAUUUUGUAUUCAUGAUAUAUAUUUUUCUUUAUCUCAUUGUAGUAUUUGAGGAAAUUUGUGGAAAGAAGAAAGUAAAAAAAGAUAGCCCAAUCAGGUUUGAGUUAGGUUAGUUGCUUGUUUGUGUAACUCAUGCCAUUGAACCAAAAAUUGUAGAAUACAUUGUUGUUAUGAAUUCAUUCCUUAAUUUGUCUGUGAUUGAUUUUAA